AGAUAUUGCCGGCCUCAAUUUCACUUCAGUCUUUUCUCUCUCUUCUCUGUUUUUUCUUUUUUAUCUCUCUCCUGAGUUAUGCUUGAAACCGUGCUUAGAUUCUCUCAGAACCAGCUUUUCUCCUUUGAUAUGAAAUGAAGGUUUGUAAGUGAAAGUUUGUGUUCCUCGUAUUGGUACAGAGGCUAACAGCAUUAGCUUGUUGCUGUCACAAUCAUGGUGAACAGAAAAAGACGGUUAGAUCAAAUCAAGCAUCCAUUCAAUUCUCACCCCUUUGAAGCCGUUGCCUUUGGAUCAUGGCAAGCUGUGGAGUUCAUAAAGAUUAAGGCAGGAACUAUGUCUAUACAUUUUGUAGAUAAUCAUUAUGUUACUAUGGAGAAAGGACCCUUGUCAGACAUUCGGAUAAGGUCAAGGAAAGCUACUUUAUCUGAUUGCUCCCGUUUUCUGCGACCUGGAAUUGACAUAUGUGUGCUAUCUGCCCCUCAACAAUCUAAUGAUUCAGAUGCAGUUGUUAUGGACCCUGUUUGGUUGGAUGCUAAAAUAAGCUCUGUACAAAGAAAACCUCAUGACUCUGAGUGCUCCUGUCAGUUUUAUGUCAAUUUCUAUGUUCAUCAAGGUUCACUUGGUGCAGAGUUAAGAACUCUGAGCAAGGAGAUUAAAGUUGUUGGAAUCAAACAAAUAUCCAUUCUCCAAAAACUUGACAAUAUUGCUUGUGAAGAUCAGCACUAUCGGUGGGCAUCAUCUGAGGACUGUUCCAUGAUAUCACAUACUAAAUUACUUUUGGGCAAAGUGUUAUGUGAUCUUUCAUGGUUAGUUGUUACCUCUGCUUUAAAGAAGAUUUCCUUUUGUCUAAGAUGUCUAGAAGAAAAGCUAGUGUAUCAAAUUUUGGGAAGAGACAGUGAUAACAGUUCAUUGAAUAGAGAUUUUCACAUUGAUGUUGUGAAUUUCAAAACAGAAAGUGGCUCGAUAAUACCCUUUGUUUCUCAAGUAGCUACACCUAUAACUAAGAUGAUUGAUCACGUACAGGAAUCCCAUGAAGAUAAAUUAUUGCUAUCUUAUGAUGUUGAGGGCUUGCGGCGUUCUAAGCGUAGGAAUGUACAACCAGAACGUUACAUUGGUAGUGUUAAUGUUUCUUCUGAGAUUGAUGUUGGUUCUUUCAGAAACAGACCACCAGUGAAGAUAGACACAUGGAAAGAAGAGGAGGAUGAAGAACUGCAUAUACCAUUAGCAUGCCUGUUUGGUUUGCAGAAGAGCACUCCAGAAGGGGUUAAUGAAAAUCAUCAAAAGGAGGCAAGCACCUGCCGGGAGCUUGUGAUGCAUAAGAGGAGAAUGACUGCUAAGCAGAAGGUAAAGUCAGGAGAAAAUUAUCAUAAUGAAGAUCAAAAUCGUCUUGCUAUUGUUCCUCUUCCCGAUCAAGAUGAUCCAUUACUUGUUGAGCAUUGUGAUGAUUUCGAUGAAAAGGUUGCUAGAAGUUAUCGUCAUGAAUCCUCUGAACAUUAUUCCAAAUAUUAUGAUCUAACUAGUACUCCCAAUAAAUCGAAGAAGAAAGGUGAUAAAUUGUUAGCUUUUGAGAAUAAUAAUCAUCCUGCUAAGUCAGAUGAUGUAGAAAAGACUGAUGAUGAUUUGUCAUUGAGAUAUCAUUAUAGUUAUGGUGUCCCAAAGUCAAAGAGGAAGAAUUUAAGUGGUUUAGAUGAUAUAGUAGAUCUUGGAAAUAAAUGGGAAGGGAUUAGAUCCAACAAAGAAGUUCAAAAGAAAAAAUACCAUGCAUCUUAUUCAAGAAGUAGAGAUCAUGGAGAAGAAAAAAGGUACAAAUAUAAAGACAGAACCUUAAAUGCAGCUGCCUACAAGGAUUUGAUAAAUUCGUACUUAAAGAAUAUUAAUACAAUAUCUACUCAAGAAGAACCAUCUAUCACUGAUCAGUGGAAGGAAAACAAUACAACUAGUAGCAUUGGGCAAAAGACAGAAACAGAAAUGCCUGAUGAAGAGGAUGCAGAAGAAGUAUCUGAAAUGGAUAUGUUGUGGAGAGAACUGGAAGUGUCAUUGGCAUCAUGCUAUCUAGAAGAGGAUUCAAAUGCUGCUACUGUCACUGAGACUGUGGAAAUCGCGAACCGAGGCUGCCCACAUGAUUUCAGAAUGAAUGAGGAAAUUGGAAUUUACUGCUAUAGAUGUGGCUUUGUGAAAACUGAGAUCAAAUAUAUUACGCCACCCUUUAUUCAACAUUCUUCAUGGCACCAAGAGGAGAGGCACAGUGCUGAAGAAGAUUCACGAACAAAGGUUGAUGAGGAUGAUGACUUGGAUCUUUUCCCUGCCCUAGAAUCUCCUGAGGGACCUGUGUCUCAAGAAAAUGAUAACGUUUGGGCAUUGAUUCCCGAACUUAGAACAAAGUUGCAUGCUCAUCAGAAGAAAGCCUUUGAGUUUCUUUGGCAAAACAUUGCAGGGUCAAUGGAACCCAGACUCAUGGAAGCAGCAUCCAAAAGAAUAGGUGGCUGUGUGGUAUCUCAUACUCCUGGUGCUGGAAAAACUUUUCUCAUCAUUGCUUUUCUUGUGAGCUACUUGAAGUUAUUCCCAGGGAAGAGACCUCUUGUUCUUGCUCCAAAAACAACCCUCUAUACUUGGUACAAAGAAUUUAUCAAGUGGGAUAUUCCUAUACCAGUGUAUCUGAUUCAUGGACGUAGAACAUACCGGGUAUUCAAGCAGAAAUCACCGGUUGUUCUUCCUGGAGUUCCCAAGCCCACUGAUGAUGUCAAGCAUGUUUUGGAUUGCCUUGAGAAGAUACAAAAAUGGCAUUCACACCCGAGUGUUCUGAUAAUGGGUUAUACUUCAUUUUUAACAUUGAUGCGUGAGGAUUCAAAGUUUGCACACAGAAAAUACAUGGCCAAAGUGCUGAGGGAAAGCCCGGGGAUCUUGGUUCUGGAUGAAGGGCAUAACCCCAGAAGCACUAAAUCAAGGUUGAGAAAGGCUCUGAUGAAAGUUCAAACAAAAUUGAGAAUACUGCUUUCUGGUACAUUGUUUCAGAACAAUUUCUGUGAAUACUUCAACACUCUGUGCUUGGCAAGACCAAAGUUCAUUCAUGAAGUACUGAAAGCAUUAGACUCCAAAUACAAAAGGAAAGGAAAAGUGGCGAAAAAGGCAAGUCAUUUAUUAGAGUCACGGGCCAGAAAAUUCUUCUUAGACAAAAUUGCUAAGAAGAUUGACUCUGAUAAAGGUAGGGAGAGGCAGCAGGGUCUAAAGAUGUUGAGAAAUGUAACAAAUGGAUUCAUAGAUGUUUAUGAAGGUGGGAGCUCUGACGGUCUACCUGGUUUACAAAUUUAUACACUGUUAAUGAAUUCAACAGAUACACAGCAUGAAAUUUUGCUUAAACUACACAAGAAAAUGGCGAAGUGCAAUGGUUACCCUCUGGAGUUAGAGCUUAUGAUAACUCUUGGUUCAAUACAUCCCUGGCUGGUGAAAACAGCAGUGUGUGCUGAGAAGUUUUUCACUUCUGAGCAAUUGAUGGAGCUAGAAAAAUGCAAAUUUGACCUGAAAAUAGGGUCGAAGGUAAGAUUUGUUUUGAGCCUUAUCUACCGUGUUGUGAAAAACGAGAAGGUUCUGAUAUUUUGCCACAACAUUGCACCAGUGAAGCUAUUUGUGGAAUAUUUUGAGAAGUAUUUUGGAUGGCUAAGAGGUAGAGAAGUGUUGGUACUAACUGGGGAAUUAGAACUGUUUGAAAGAGGGAGAGUAAUGGACAAGUUUGAGGAAGCUGGUGGAGUAGCAAAAGUACUUAUUGCUUCUAUUACAGCUUGUGCUGAAGGCAUUAGUUUGACAGCAGCUUCACGAGUUAUUAUGUUGGAUUCAGAGUGGAAUCCUUCAAAAACGAAGCAAGCCAUUGCUCGGGCAUUUCGGCCUGGUCAGCAGAAAGUUGUUUAUGUGUAUCAGCUUUUAGUCACAGGUUCAUUGGAGGAAGAUAAGUACAGAAGAACCACUUGGAAAGAAUGGGUUUCAAGCAUGAUCUUCAGUGAGGCCUUUGUGGAAGACCCUUCUCAGUGGCAAGCUGAGAAGAUUGAAGAUGAUAUACUCAGAGAAAUGGUUGCUGAAGAUAGUUCUAAAUCAUUCCACAUGAUCAUGAAGAAUGAAAAAGCUUCUUCUACCAACAAAUAAAAGGACAAUUGGAAGCUGGAAAAAUAAGAGCCCAAGCCCACAUCUCAACAAGCUUCUUUCUGGAAAGCCCAAUAAUUAUUAUUUUUUAAUUUUCCUCAUUUGGGCAGACUGUAGUUUUUUUUUUAAUUUAUUUAAUUUGAUAAAUUGGAGGUUUGAUUCUACUAAGGGAUAAAUUAGUGUGGUGGAGAAUCAAAAUCCAAUGUGAUUGUGAGCCCAAUCCGAAAGAUGCAAGUGGAGCGAAUUGGGUGACAUGCUGGUAAAUUUUUAAAAUUUAAUCUCUCCCUUUUUAGUGGAGGUGAGUUUUAUAUC